UUCAAAUUUCUUUGAUAGCGUGAAGGCUCUCUUAAGAAUUUAGCUUAUGGCUUCUACUUCACCAAGAACUCCUCCAAAGGAGUGUCAUCAAAACAUUGAGGUAACAAAUAAGGAAGAAGAAUCAAAGAAAACGUCUUGUGAGCAUGCUAUAGUUCAACAAGACUCUAAAGUUCAACAAGAUGUUAAUAGUAGUGAUGAUGUUGAAGAGGUUAUUGAUGAAGAAAAUAGUUCUCCAAGUGGCUUCACUACACCAAAGGAUGAAAUAUUCAAAAUACCAAAAGUCUUAGAAGAUGAUUGUCCACCAGCACCUCCUGCUCAAAAGAAGAGAAGAUCAUUAUUAGUGAAUGACUCUUCACAAGUCAAAAUAGAAGAACAAGGUGAUGAAGAAAAUAUGUGUUCAAGUGGCUUCACUACACCAAAGGGUAAAGAAUUCAGAAUACCAAAAGUAAGCUACGACAACUGUCCACCGGCUCCGAUGAGGAGUCGACCGGUACGAACGCUUGAUCAUUCACCAUCAAAUACCAAAGUAUUUGCUUCAGCAGAAAUAGAUUCAUUCUUUAUACACUCAAAGGUUUUAAAUUGAUGCUUGAAGUUUAAUUCGAAGAGAUUAUAAGUUUUGUUAAUUUAGGUUUAAGUCUGUUUACACUAUCAUGUAUAAGUGACACAAAUUUUAUAUAUGUAUAAAUUUAUUUUCACUAUUUGA